UAGAAAUGCCUAGCUGUAGCUCGAGUGACCAAGUGGCCAUGGAAGAAGUCUGUUUCUGAAAGUUGUGCGGAAAUGGUUUAUAGAUCAAGAGAGGCGGAUUGCGAGCCAUGAUGUGACAGACUUAAUGCUGUAGGAUAGCAACGGAGCCGAAACUUACACCGUCCGAAAGCAAAUCUUCUCGUAGUCCAAUGGCCGGAGAAAGCAGCGGCGGUGACAGCAGUCAGCAGAACGCUAUCGACCGCCUGUCCGUGGUGUUCGACAGAAUCUACGGCUCGGAGUAUCGAGCUGCCAGACGUCUCAUCCACAAGCGACUGCGCCAAAAGGAUAUGGGUUCGCCAGGGAAGAAGCCCCCUGCACAACGAGACAACAGCCUCUAUCUACGAAUCAUGGCGUUUAGACAUAAAGAAUCGCCUGGGACAUCUCCACAGCCUUCUGGAGACGCGACACCACCCAGGUCACAGCAGUCAAACAGGCCAUCGAAUUCCAGGAGGCCGAGCAAUUCCAACAGUACACCACAACGACAAUCCCCACAAGCCAACAAAACACCACAAAGAACCCCACCCCAGUCUAACAGGAACAAAACCCCGUACGAUCGUGGCGGCAGCAAGUCGUCCUUUGAAAGCGUUGACCUGCCCCCAUUUGAUGACGAUGAUCAGGAGAAUAAGAAUCCUACCCCGAAGCCGACUAAGCUUGAUCAUGCUCACAGUUCAAGACCAGGAAGUUCCCAGAACAGAAUUUAUCGUAAACAAGCGGAGGCAACCAAGGCUGAGGAUCCCACAACAGCCCGAGAUGUGUAUGUAGAGAUGGGAGACGAGGAACGGGACAGUCCGAAGAGGAUGUCCAGGAAUCAGUCACGGCAGGAUGACUUGCCACCUGUAAGAGAGGCAACUCCUCGGAGAGCAGAUCGCCCCUUGUCACGAGCAGCCUCAGAUCUCAACAAACAUUCCGUGGUUCCUCCCAUUAACAAAGAGGAUGACAGCAGAAACAGUAGAAACAGCAGACAUAGUACACCAGACCAAAGACAGUCCAGUAGACCUCCGAGUAAUCAAAACAGGACACCUAGUCGAAAUAAUACACCAUCAUCUGACGAUGCUCGAGCAACGAUUCUUUCUCCAAGAAAUCAGCCCAAACCAAAUACACCUCCUCGGAUGGAAGCCGCAGUACCUUCUUCAAGCAACGCUGAUGACCAACCCAUAGAGCGGGCAGGCCCAAGCAAUGUACAUUCAUCAAGACCCGAUGACAACCCAACAGACGAUUAUGACGAUGAUGAUGACUCUCCUGAGCCGGACAUUCCUGCACGAACACCAAAGGUGAGGGAAGAAGAUGGUCGUAUAGCUGCCUUGGAAAAACUUGCGGAUUAUAACUUGAAGACUUUGGCUGGGCAGGACGCGGGCGAGGCACCUGAGAUUGACGAUAAGAUCAUGAAUGAAGUGUUUAGUCCGGAGUUCCAAAAGGAUCUUGACAACUUCUUGAAAUCAUGAUUUUGAUAUUGAUUUUGAUGCCCAAGGUUGCAUGUUGCGAAAGGUUCCAGAGCUCCAAAAAGAGCUUCAUCACUUCUUAAAUCAUGAUCAUGGUUUGAUCUUGGUGCCGAAGGGAGGAUGUGACACACAUUUGCUGGGACAAAUUUGGGAGUUCCUGUUUUUUGUAAUCAGUACACUAUGUCAGUUGUACUAAAACAGCACUUACAUCUUAGAACAUGUGUAGGAGUGUGCAUGUUUGUGAUGCAGUCAUUCCUGAAGUCAUACCUUUUAAACAGGGGGCAACCAUUUUGAUAGAUCAUCAACAUCAGAGUCACCAUGGUAUUUGUCUAACCACUCUUGUGAUCAGUGAUUUGUAUCAUAUAAAACAUGUCCAAAUUGUGAAGGUUUUCUUGAAAAGUAUUCCCAAGGUGACCUGUAUUUUUCUAUAACGAAAUGCAUAUGUGUAUGUACCUACGUAAUAUCGUUUACAUGUAGUUUUGGAAAGUAUCCCCUUCACGAUUAGAAAUCAAUUCGCCCUAUAGCCGGAAUAUUGCCGAUAUGACGUGUUAUUACAUUUACAAGAUAUAUCUUUUUUGUCGUGGCUUGGGAAAGGGUCACAUGAUCCUUAAAACACGGUAUUACCCCGAGACCCAGUUUCUUAGGUCCAUAAAACGUCAUAUUACCCUCAUGAAUAUUCAAUAUUUGAUAAAAACAAUUCUCUCAAUACAAAUUACAUUAUAACGAUCUUUUUAAUACGUUUUUCUUAUGCAUCAUUUUACGUUGUUAGUGCUCAUAAUAUGCAUAUUUUGUUACAACAUAAUUGUACAACUGGGGGAAAAUGAAGCGGGAAAAGCCAAUAACUGAUAAAAAAUAUUUCAACUAAACUCACUCCAGUGUAAGCUGCUUUCUUCAGAAACAGGGGAACUUGAUUCUUACAAACACGGAGAUUAGAUUGGCAAUUGACAUCCAUGUGCCCUGCGUUCUCACACUUUUCCCGUUCAAAGGUUUAUACCAUUUAUACUAAGGCUGCAUAAAAAAUGCUUCUUGGGCACAUUUUUCCUCGAAAGUGAGGAGGGCGGUAAGACUUUUUUAAUUUUUGUAUCGAAAACAACAGUGAUGCGAGAGGAACAUUUUUUAAUAUAUUUUUUACCCACCAAGAAUUCCAACAGAGAAACUGGGCAGACAUUGAACUCGGCCUUUUGACAGCAUGUCAGUUUCAAGCAUUUUGUUUUAUGGAUAACAGAGUGUGCUUCAUAUGAAAUUUGAAAACUUCUUAUUGGCAGUAGAGAAGAUUUAAUGUGACGCACUGAUGUUCGAGAAACAAUUUCCUUAUUUCAGCCUAAGCUAUAUACGCAUAUCCAUCGACUUUCCGUUGAAUAAUACAUGAAACGCAAUGUGCAGUUGAUGACGGCAUAUCAUAAUGUCAUCUAUUAUUACAUGAGGGUUAUAAAGGUCAUAUUAACAGCUAUCACUGAAAAAGCAGAUGUCGAUACCCGUACAAUAUCAGCUUUUGUUAUCAAAACUAAAAUAUAUAUUGAGUCUUGUGUAGCUGGCGUGACGAUACUAACGAUUUACCUGAUAUUUAAGCACAAUACUAUCUAUAAGGAGUAUUUCUUACAAUGUAAUUUUUGCAUUAAACUCCAAUCUAUUUCACAUUACGAUCACUCCUCCACCUUUGAAUAUAGGCCUAUAAAUAUGUUCACUGUUACGAGUGUUUUCCCAAGUGUUUAAAGGCUUUUGGCAACAACUCUCCCUUCAAACAUGUACCGAGUAACCACAAACCCCUUCCAAUGCAGUGUGUACUGUCUCGUUCGUUGUCCCAGUUGAUUGACCAGGUAAACACUGUGUGUGUUGUUUGUAACUAGACACUGUCCAGCCCAACACCAUUUGUCUGCUGAGUUUACAAGUACACGAAACGUGAUCCCAUUGUCUGUGAUAUUAAAAUUUCUGUAUUCAUAUUUUUGGAAAAUGAAUUUCAAUAAAAUAUGUUUCUUGCA